CCUAUAAAAUCACUCCUUCUCUUCUUCACACAGCUCUGUGCUGACGACCCCGAAGCGGUGAGAACCGGAGGCUGUAGGAGAACUCGAGUCUGAAACCAGGCAGGUGAAGAGGCUCAGGUGCUCGACACACGGUUCUCCUGAAGAUGGAGACGCUUCUGUCGAGAGGAUUUGCUGCACUUACAGGACUUUUCCUCUUACAUUUAACAGGGUGUGUGUUAGCGGAGGCGUCUGGUCGCUGCAGUGUGUUCGGUCGUCAGCACAUACACACGUUUGAUGGAGUGAUUUAUGCGUUUGCUGGUGAUUGCAGCUACAUGCUGGCUGGAGACUGUCAGAGCAGAAUGUUCUCAAUCCUGGGUGAUUUCUCAGAGGGCAAGAGGAAAGGAGUGAGCGUGUUCCUUGGUGAGGUCUUUGAGUUGCGUUUGUCUGUAGAUGGCACUCUAUCACAGCAAGGAGAGAGGCUCAAGCUGCCCUACGCCUCUAACUCUGUGUUUGCGGGUUACGAGUUGGGCAGUGUGCGUUUGUGGAGCGAUGAGUUCGGCUUCUCUGUGCGCAUCGACCCGACUCACAACAUCGAGAUCACACUCAGCAAACAGCACCAGAACCGAACCUGCGGCCUGUGUGGGAACUUUAACUCCGCCCCCAGCGACGAGUACACAGCACAAGAAGGUUUUCUGACAGAGGACCCAUAUGACUUUGCCAAUUCUUGGGCCCUUAAUGGUGCGGCAAAAGUGUGUAAGCGCGUGAAACCACCGUCUCAGACCUGUAACACUACAAGAGACACAGAACAGUUGAUGUCGCAGUGUGAGGUUCUGCGCACCUCAGCAGUGUUCCUGCGCUGUAACCACCUGGUAAAUGUAGAUGCGUUCUUGGCGGUGUGUGAGUCGGAUGUGUGUCACUGUGGAGACGGUGAGGAGUGUGUGUGUCACGCCCUGCUGGAGUACGCACGCACCUGCGCCAGCCACGGACUCGUCCUGCACGGCUGGCAUACACAGAGCCAGUGCACUCCAAAGUGUCCAAUAGGAAUGCAGUACACUGAAUGCUCUCAGCCGUGUUCCACGUCAUGUCAGAGCCUCAACAUCCAUGAACUCUGCAGGGACGAGUGUGUAGACGGCUGCACCUGCGCAGCGGGUAAGGUGCUGGAUCGAGAGCACUGUGUGGACGUUUCUCAGUGUUCAUGUCAGCACACAGGAAAACGCUUUCCUCCUGGAUCCACUGUCUCACAGGACUGCAACACAUGUGUGUGUCGUCAUGGAUCGUGGGAGUGCACCAACGAGGAAUGUCCAGGAGUGUGUGUGGUUACAGGACAAUCCCACUUUAAGACCUUUGAUGAUAAAUUCUUCACCUUCAGUGGAAUCUGUCAGUAUUUGUUGGCUAAAGACUGUCACAGCAGCUCCUUCUCCGUCCUCAUAGACACUGUGCAGUGUGCAGAUGACCCGGACGCCGUGUGCACACGUUCAGUGACCCUGAAGUUCCAGGAUCUGGCCAAUCAGACGAUUAGAUUGAAGCAUGGGGGCGUGGUCUCUGUGGAUGGCAUCGAUGUUCAAACUCCAUUAUUUAACGGACGUCUGCGUGUCCAGAGCACAGUGCUAUCAUCAGUGAGGUUGAACUUUGGAGAUGAGUUCCAGUUGGACUGGGAUGGUCAUGGACGUGUGCAGCUCAAGUUAAGUCCAGCCUAUGCAGGGAAAACGUGUGGUCUGUGUGGUAACUAUAACGGUAACCAAGGAGACGACUUCCUGACGGUGGGCGGGCUGGUGGAGACGCGAGUGGAGGGUUUUGGGAACGCGUGGAAGAUGAACUCUGAGUGUGACAACGUCCAGAAACAACCCACUGAUCCCUGCAGCCUAAACCCGAAGAGAGUGAACUUUGCAGAGGAGUCGUGUGCAGUGAUGCUGUCGGUCCGCUUCGAAGCGUGUCAUCACAAAGUGAACCCGAGUCCGUACGUGAAGAACUGCCGCUACGACGUGUGCUCCUGCGCAGACGGACACGAGUGCCUGUGUGCAGCCGUGAGCAGCUACGCAGCCGCAUGCGCAGCCCAGGGAGUGCUGAUCGACUGGAGGGGACAGGGGUACUGCGAGCUGACAUGUCCAGGUGAUCAGGUGUACGAGGUGUGUGGGAAUGUGUGUAAUAAGACGUGUCGCUCUCUCUCCGUGCCGGACGUGGAGUGUGUGAGUGUGUGUGACGAGGGCUGUUUCUGUCCUCGGGGUUUGUACCUGAGCGACACGGGCGAGUGUGUAUCACCUGAACACUGCUCAUGUCACUACGACGGCGAGAUCUACCAACCCAGCGACAUGUUCGCCGAUCACAACUCCAUCUGUUACUGUGAGAACGGCUCCAUGCGCUGCAGCUCCAGUGAUCUCCCUCCCUCUGGGCUGUCAGACCUCUUCUUUGAUGAACCUGCACCUUCUCGAGAGCGGCGGUCUCUCUCCUGUCCAGUACCGCUGGACAGGUUCGAGUGUGAGAGUUCGAGGGAUGUGGGCAUCGAAUGUGCGAAAACAUGCCAGAACUUAGAUCUGGAGUGUGUGAGCCAGGGCUGUAUCUCCGGCUGUAUGUGUCCUGCUGGGACGGUUCGUUACAGAAGAAACUGCAUUCCUCCAGACCAGUGUCCGUGUUUCCAUAACAACCACGCUUACGCUCCAGGACAGAGUAUUAACAUCGACUGCAACACCUGUGUGUGUGAAGGCCGGCAGUGGAAGUGCACUCAGCGAGUGUGUGACGGUGUGUGUCGGACUGUCGGAGAGUCGCACUACAUCAGCUUUGAUGGACUGAAAUUCUCAUUCCCAGGACGCUGUCAGUAUAUCCUCGCUCAGGAUUACUGUAACGGUGUGGAUGGAACAUUCCGGGUGCUGGUGGAAAACUCGGCCUGUGGGGUCGUAGGUAACAGGUGCAGUAAGAGCAUCAGCGUGUUUUACAUGGGAGGACUGAUCACCAUGGAGAAAGGAGAGGUGAAGAUGAGGAGGCCGGUGAUGAAGGAGACGGAAGUUGAGAUCGUACGUUCUGGACUUUAUUACAUCAUUCUCCUUGGAAAACACAUUUCUCUCACCUGGGACAUGGGGACUCGCAUUAUACUGCAGAUCAACAGUGUUUACAGGAGCAAGGUUUGUGGUCUGUGUGGUAACUUUGAUGGCAGUCAGAAUAAUGACCUGUUGAGCAGUAAUAAUCAGAUGGAGGUGGAUCCUGUAGAUUUUGGAAACUCGUGGAAGGUUCGACCGAGCUGCGCCGACGCUGUUCAGGUGCCCUCUGAGUGCAACACUGACAUGGUGAAACUGGUGACAGUGGAGCAGUCGUGUCGUGUGCUCAGCAGCGCCCCCUUCAGGGAGUGUAACAGUGUGGUGGAUCCUGAGCCAUUCUGGGAGAUCUGCACGUAUGACACAUGCUCGUGUUCGUCUGUCGGAGACUGCGCUUGUUUCUGUGACGCCGUGGCAGCCUACGCUCACGAGUGCGCUCAGAGGGGAGUGGUAGUGGAGUGGAGGUCCAACGAUCUGUGCCCUCUGAGCUGUGAGGAGCUGAAUAAGGACGCAGGUUUGGAGUGUGAGUGGCGCUUUAACGCCUGUGGAAAAGCCUGUCCUGUAACGUGCCAGCAUCCAGAACCCUUAAACUGCCCCAGCAGCUGCGUCGAGGGCUGCCACGCCUCCUGCCCACCAGGUCAGGUCUUAGACGAGGUUCUGCAGCGCUGUGUGGAUCCGUCUCAGUGUCAGGUGUGCAUGCACGGCGGAGAACGAAUUUCACAUGGAAAGCAGAUCAUUCUCAAUCACGAUGACCCCCAUCUCUGUCAGAUAUGUCACUGUGAGGAGAACACUUUGACGUGUGGUCCAUGUCCUCUCUCUGGCCCCGCCUCCACACUGAGCCCUGUUACCAGUUUCACCACGCCCACGCCAUUUCCCUUCUCCACACCGGUGCCGGAGGACGCCUGUGAUCGAGCGAUGGACCUGGCCUUCCUGGUGGACGGCUCUUCAUCUCUCAGCGAGGAAGAUUUCAGCUUGGUCAAGCUCUUCAUCCUGGGUGUGGUGGAACGUUUCCGGAUGGGCUCGGCACACACCCGGGCCACGGUGCUCCUCUUCCAUUCUGGAGUGAAGAGCUACAAUAUGCAGGUGCAGAAGUGGAUCUUCAAGAAAAUGGUGCGUGAUAUGCACUACAGCGGCGGCGACGUUGCCUUUAUGGACGAAGCCAUCAAGUAUCUGUCGGUUUAUAUUUACGACAAGAACAAGCGAGAACACGCGGGUCGUGUUGCUAUUUUGUUGACGGCUAGUAAAAACCCCCGGCCCAUGCGUGCUACUCAGCGCCUGCUGAAGAAGAAAGACAUCACAGUUCUCAGCAUUGCUCUGGGGCCUGACGUCAACAUGGCGCAGAUCAAUGAAAUUACAAAAGCCACGCCUAGUAGUCGGGCGUAUGUUCUGAGCAGCGCAGCAGAGUUGGAUACCCGAGCUUUGGAUAUUACCGAUUACCUCUGCACCUUGGGGUUGGACCCUGAACCUCCAAAGAAACCAACCACCCAGAAACCCACAAAGACUUCUGCCACUAGCACCACCACCAGUCCUGUGGCAGUCCGUCUCAGCACAGUGCCUGCCACCGUUCCUCCAACCGCUGCCAUUAUGACUCCAUUUCCCAGCAUCCUCAGCCCUGGAACUACUUUUCCUCCUUCUACCGUGACCUUGCAUGACAUCAUCAUCCUGCUAGAGGGGUCAGAUAGCGUUGGCGAAGAUAGUUUCAAUCGCACCCGAGAUGCACUCGCUGACGUCCUGGCCUCAUUUGAGCAGCAAGACGAGGAGAAAUACCGCGUCACGGUGAUGCAGUAUUCCUUCACGGUUACCGUGGAGAUCAGCCGAAUGGAGCUGCUGCAACGGGAGCACCUCCUGCACAAACUGCAGCAGAUCCGCUUCCGAGGUGGCGAGCAGAUCAACACGGGCCACGCCAUCCGCUCCGUCUACGAGUCCAUCACCACCGAGGCGCCAAGUCGCUCUCCAGACCAGAUGGUGUUCCUCAUAACCCAAAAUCCACCCACUGAUGUGAUCCAGAGGCCACCAAACUCCACCCACACAAAGAUAUUCCCCAUCGGGAUCGGUCCUCGCGUGCGGGAGAUGGAUCUUGAGCUACUGAGUUUCCCUCACGCACCAAUCAUGUUGAAUGAUACAAAGCAGCUGAUAAAACUGGGACCCCUGCUGGUCAACAUCAGCAGGACAGUAAAAGGGCUGGUUAAGCCUGAGCUGCCACCCAGAGCGACGCUGCCCCCUUCAGUGCCCUGCUCCAAGCCUAUGGAUGUCCUAUUUUUGCUCAGAGCCACUUCGGGUGAUCAGUUUGAGGACCUGAAAACAUUCGUUAAAUCCUUUAUAAGGAACAGUCAUAUCAGCCGUGACGGAACUCAGGUAGCGGUGGCGCUGUACGGCGAGAAACCCGUGGAGCCUGUGAGCUGGAGAGAUGCACAGAACACAGAAAACCUUCUUCAGCUGGUGGAUAAAUUACAUAGCAAAGCAGAUAAUUCACCAAAACUGGGUGCUGCAUUACGAUUGGCUGUUCAGAGCUCCAUUUCCUCUGCAAGUGGGGCCCGGAUGGGCGUGGCCAAGGUGGUGGUGAUGCUGGUGACUGACAGGUCGAUGGACUCGGUGCAGGAGCCUGCAAACGAGGCUCUUACUGCUGGUGUAUCAGUUUUCCCCAUCGGAUUGGGCAGGCAGUACGAUAGGAACGAGCUGAUCAUGCUCGCUGGCCCACACACACAAGAGAACAUCAUAGAGCUGAGGAGCACUAACGACCUGCUCGCCAUGGUAACGCUGGACCGAUCGUUCACUGACAAACUCUGCAGGGCUGGUCCUCCUGGAGUGUGUGUGGAUGAUGAUGGAAAGGAGAGGAAGCCUGGAGAGACGUGGCUGUUAGCAGAUGGCUGUCACUCGUUGCUCUGUAACCCGUCCGGGGUCGUGACCCUGCAGAGCCACAGAGUGAACUGUGAGAGACUGGAGCCUCCGACCUGCAAAAACAACCUCCAUGCUAUAAAAGUGAACCAGACCUGCGGCUGUACCUGGGCCUGCCCCUGUAUGUGUAUCGGCAGCUCCACCAGUCACGUGGUGUCGUUUGGGGGCGUGGCUCUGAAACUGAAAGGUUCCUGCUCCUAUUCGCUGCUACGAUCAGGAGGGGCGGAGCUAGUGCUUAACACGACCAAAUGUCGGGACUCACCCAGUCAGAUCUGCAUGAAGAGCCUGGAACUGAGAGAAGGUGGAACUCGUGUGGUGCUGGGAGAUGAUAUGAAGGUGACAGUAGACGGUGUGGUUACUCCAGUACCCUUCAGACGAGGAGGUGUAGCCGUCACUCAGAUUGGAGCUCUGCUUCAUCAGCUACGCUCGGAGAAGCACGGCUUCACCCUCAGCUUCACUCCACACAGCAACGAGUUCACCAUCAGCCUCGAUGUCACCAUGGCAACCAGCACCACCGGCAUCUGUGGUUCUUGCUCAGAUGAUCAGACAGACCUGCUGCUCCCUGACGGUUCCGUGAGCACGGACUCGGACGCGUUCCUGCGUGCCUGGGCUCUGGGCGAGUGUGUGGAUAGCGAAACGGAGGAGUGUGAGGCGGGCGUGGCUCAGAGCUGCGAGCUGUUAGCCUCUGACGUGUUUAGCGAGUGCCAUAAUCUGGUUCCACCUCGGGAUUUCGUGACCACGUGCAAGAAGGUGGCGUGUCACCCUGCCAUGGUGUGUGACCUGCUCGCGUCCUACAGCAGUGUGUGUCGACAGCAGGGCGUGUGUGUUCACUGGAGGACCCCUGAACUGUGCCCCAUGACUUGCUCUAAGAAUAUGGAAUACGACGCGUGUCGUGUGGGGUGUGUGGAGCAGUGUGGCCACGCCCGGUCCCCUCUGGGGGAUGUGGAUUGGAGGGGGGACGGAAUAGGGGGCGGGGCUCAGUGUUGGACCACGCCCACCGAGGGCUGCUUCUGUCCUCCUGGUAUGGUGCUGCGAGGGGACGACUGUGUUAGCCAAGAGGCCUGCAGUCAGUGUGUGGACCACCUUGGACAAGUCCACCAGUUCAUGGACAGCUGGACUCCGGAUGAUAACCCGUGUUUGCUGUGUUUGUGUUUAGACCAGCAGCAUAUAAACUGUACAUCUCUGCCAUGCACUAACGCUAAAGCCCCUGUAUGUGGAGCGUGUGAGAACCUGGUGGAGAAGAAGGAGUCAAAGUGCUGCCCCGAGUAUGAAUGCGUGUGUGACACUGCAAACUGUAAGCUCUCGGCUCCUCCACAAUGUGGAAACGGUCUCACUUCAGUCCUGACAAACCCCGGAGAGUGUGCGCCCGUCUAUCAGUGUGUCUGUAGAAAAGACCAAUGCUCUGCAACCAGGCCCUCAUGUCCCGCCUACAAAAAGCUGUCCAUCAAACAGACUGACUGCUGCGAUUCCUUCGAAUGCACGUGCAACUGUCAGAACUCCACCCGAGUUUGUCUUCCCGGUUACAUCACCAAGGAGGCGACCAACGAAUGCGGCUGUGUAGAGGUCACCUGCUUGCCUGAUAAAGUGUGUGUGGUGGACAGUGUGGUGUAUCAGAAGGGCAGUAGGUGGGAGGAGAAGUGUAAGACGUGUACGUGCACAGAGCAGACAGACAGAAUGACCGGGCUGCACAUAGCGCAGUGUGUGGAUCCCGUCUGCAACAAGAUCUGUCCUCCGGGUUCUACGUAUUCUCAUCCAGUGGGAGAUUGCUGUGGUCGCUGUCGUAAGAACAGCUGUGUUGAGGAGGACACAAGACUCGGAGAGCGACUGAGACAGGUGGGAGAGAGCUGGGUGUCUCUUGAUAAUCCGUGUGUGCUGAGUGAGUGUGUGCAAGUGAACGAGGAGGUCUUCAUUCAGCACACGAAUGUUUCCUGCCGCAUCAUGGACAUGCCCGCCUGCCCACUGGGUACCGAACUGCACUGUAACACCGCUGACAGCUGCUGUCCGACCUGCCAAUGCGUGCCUGUGGAUGCCUGCGUGUUGAAUCACACACUCAUUGGAGUUGGUGAGAGAGUGAUGGUGGAUGUGUGUACAAACUGUAAGUGUGUGAUUGAGGGAGGAAAAUAUCACCUGGCCUGCAGGAAGAUGAGCUGCUCACCAUGUUCAGAGGGAUAUGCUCUUGAGCCUAUACCUGGUGCCUGCUGUGGCCGUUGUGUAGCUUCAUCCUGCACCAUCCAGCGACCUGACGGACAGUUAAUCAGCCUCCGGGUGAACACUACUCGUGAAGACGGCUGCACCAAACACACCUGCAGUGUGAAUGAGAACGGAGAGCUGGUGCUGGAGACUGUAGUGACCACGUGUCCUCCCCUGGACCGAGCCAGCUGUCUGGAGCACGGGGGUCGAAUCAGCCGGAUCGGACAGAGCUGCUGUGAGAUGUGUACUGAGCCGGAGUGCAGGAGGAGAGUGGGUUUGUUGGAUUAUAUCAGGAUUGAUGAUUGUCAGUCGGAGGAGAAACUGGAGCUGAGUUACUGUGAGGGCCGGUGCAGCAGCAAGUCUGUGUAUUCUGCAGAGAAGAACCGUGUGGAGAACCAGUGUGUGUGUUGCUCUGCUACAGGAACCUUACCGCUGAGUGUUUCUCUACGCUGUCCAAAUGGCACACACACACACCACCAGGUCCUCACUGUCACCGGCUGUGAGUGCGAGAGCCACGUCUGUCCUGCUGACUGAGAACACACACAUACACACACACACACACGUAUAAAUACCCUGCAACCACUCAUAUGUACAACACCAUCACUGUAACCCUAUCUCACUCCUUAUCUCAUUAAUAAAAAUACACAUAAAAAGCAAUAGAUUUUACUCUCAUGAAUCAAUAUUUAAUCAAUAAACUCAAUUUCUAUCUACA